GAUCUACGGCAUCGAUUCAACGACAAACAACAACUCCGUGCUAUGCUCAAGGCCAGGCGAUUGGACGUGAAUGUGGAUGAUGUUGAGGCGAAGUAUCAGCGAUGGUGGAAAGCGUANNNNAUUCUCAGUGUCGCGAACUUUUUUGAAAGUCGCGAUGCCAAGCUGAAAGGACAGCUGCUCAGCGAAAGUGACGGUCUUCUGAGCGCGUUGAGACUGCCGAAUGAUCUAGCACCAGGAACACCAACUGUGGACAGUGCUUCUGAGAAGCGUGAUCGUUGUGUUGAGAAGUCUCCAAAACAUAUGGAAUUUCUUCGUAAAGCCGGCAUGAUCAAAGUUUGCCGUCAAUUUUUGCUUCGAUAUUCCGAUACUUUACGGUUUGAGCAUAUUUAUAAAGCGCAUCACCAGCUUGCUUCGGUAUCCCGAGGAAAUGCAUAA